UCUUUUUUUUUUUUUUUAUUAUUAUUUUUUUUCCUAGUUUCUGUCUUUCUCCAGAGAAGAUGAAGCUGUUACUAGCGGUUUCCGUGAUCGUGGUCGCGCUCUUCGUAAUGGCCGGCCCCACCUCAGCCUCGGAAGACUCGUCUUCCGUAAAAGACCAUUUUGAAUCCUUCGGCUCCUCAGUUCGGGAAUUUGCAACUAAAGUGGGCGAAAAAACAAAGACUGCAUUUGAGAAGCUCCAUAAGAGCGAAUUUGCUACGAAGACCAGGGAUUGGUUCAGCGACGCAUUCAAGAACGUGAAGGAGAAGUUCACGCCAUCCUCUUAAAUGAGAACCCGGAUCCUGCUUCGAUGACCCUCUACCGCUUUCCCAAUGUUCUCCAUUAAUAAAAAAAUAUUGCAUAAGCUUCGUGUAACCAACCGUCACAACAUGGCCAGUAAAUAAACAGGAUCCGUAUCA